AUGCUAAGAAGAAUAGUCGCUAAGCAGCGACAAAUACUAAGACCUUCAUCAACUUCACUAGCAUCAUUUCAAUUACACACAAUACUUCAAUAUUCAACCAAUUCAUCAUUCCAAACCGCAGUUGAAACAGCUGAAAAACUUGUCUCACCUCAAUCAAGUACAUCAUCACCAAAAUUUCAAGAUCCAUUUUCUAUUGUAAGUCAUGAAAUGUCUAAUUUAGCAAAAUCGAUUGCAAAUCUAAUAGGUUCAGGACAUCCAACACUAAAUAGAGUUAGUUCAUAUUACUUUGAAGCUGAAGGUAAAAAUGUUCGACCUUUAAUUGUAUUAAUAUUGAGUAAAGCAUUACUGAAAAUUCCAAGACUGGAAAGAAAUAGAAUUAAAAUUGAUGAAUAUGAUGUUACUGAACAAGAACAUAUAAAUGGUACUCCAAAACCUGGACAAGAAUAUAUUGCAGGAAAUAGUGUAGAUGAUAGUUUAAGUCCAUUAAAUAUAUUACAUGGAAUUAAUCCUCGAAUUAUUUUGGAUCCUUUAAGUAAACCAAUGGACAAACUACCUGAAAUGGAUAAAUUAAAUGGUAUAUUACCAAAACAAAGAAGAUUAGCAGAAAUUGUGGAAAUGAUACAUACUGCUAGUUUAUUACAUGAUGAUGUUAUAGAUUUAAGUGAUUCAAGACGAGGUAGACCAAGUGGUAAUAUAGCAUUCACUAAUAAAAUGGCAGUAUUAGCAGGAGAUUUUUUAUUAGGAAGAGCAUCAGUUGCAAUUGCUAGAUUAAGAAAUCCAGAAGUUAUUGAAUUAUUAAGUACGACAAUAGCGAAUUUAGUAGAAGGAGAAUUUAUGCAAUUGAAAAAUACUGUGCUAAGUGAAAAAGAUAAUACUAUUGAUAAUGAUGGACAAAUUAAAAAUAUUCCAGAAGCAACUGGUAAAGUACCAACUGAAAAACAUGAAUAUGCUGUGAAUGAACAAGAUAUUGUAGAUCAUGAAACAAAUGUACAAGCAGCAUUUGAAUAUUAUUUACAUAAGACAUAUUUAAAAACUGCAUCAUUAAUGUCAAAAUCUUGUAGAGCAGCAGCAGUAUUAAGUGGAGCUAAUGAACCGAUUAUAGAAAAUUGUUAUCAAUUUGGUAGAAAUUUAGGAUUAUGUUUUCAAAUAGUGGAUGAUAUGUUAGAUUAUACAUCAUCAAAUUCAGCAUUUGGGAAACCAAGUCAAGCAGAUUUAAAAUUAGGUUUAGCAACUGCUCCAGUUUUAUUUGCAUGGAAACAAGAACCUAAAUUGGGAGAUUUAAUUGCUAGAAAAUUUAAAGAACCUGGUGAUGUUGAAAUUGCAAGAAAAGCAGUACAAAAAUAUGAUGGAUUAGAAAAGACUAAAGAAAUGGCAAAUGAAUAUUGUAUGGCUGCUUUAGCUAAUUUAAGAGCAUUACCUGAAUCUGAUGCUAGAAGCUCUUUGGAAUUGUUGACAAACUCGAUCUUAACCAGAUCCAAAUAA